GAAAGGGAAGGAGAGAAGGUUGCAUUGCAUGUGAAAGUGCCAUUUGGCUGUGGGAGGUCUCAUGAUUUCCAAUGGGGACAAACCCAUGAGUACCAAAGCAAACAAAAGAAUUUGGGCCAAUUAAAACACUUUUGGUCCCUAUAUUAGUAUAAAACUUUUAAAAAAAAAUUGGGCAUUUCAAUUUGUUUUUUUGGGGACUUGCUCUUUUCCUCUCCUUCCACCAAAGCUUUGUUCCUCUGCAAAUGCACACGCUCUCAAUCUCCACUCUCUCCAAAUCCAAUGAAGAAGAGGAUUUAGUUUUGUCUUCAUAUAAUCUUGUUAGGUAUAUGAGAAAAGAUGUUUUCGAAUCAUUUGAACUGAGGAGGGGGUGGAAUGACUGGCUGGGUCUGAGUUCAGAUUUCCGUGUUUCAGGUUCUAAUUUUUGGGGCUGACUGGUGAAGCUUUAGGUGUGCUGUAAUUGGGCUUGUUAUUCGGCGUACUUUAGGAUUGAUAUAGUUGUUGGCCAAGGAAUUUUUGUUUGGCAAUUUGGAAUAAGUGGCUUAAAUAAAGGUAAUUGCAUGGGAAUUCAAACAAUGGGGUCUCAAGGUGAUAGCGGUAGUAAUGGCAAAGAGUCGCAGUUUCAGCAGUUAACGCGGCAAACUUCAAUGUAUAGUCUCACGCUGGAUGAGGUUCAAAAUCAGCUGGGUGACUUGGGCAAACCUCUAAGUAGCAUGAACCUAGAUGAGCUUCUCAAGAAUGUAUGGACAGCUGAGGCUAACCAAAAUUAUGGUAUGGAAACUGAAGGCACAGCACUGACCAAUCAACCUGCUUUGCAGCGUCAGGCGAGUUUGUCUUUAACUGGUGCUUUGAGCAAGAAGACAGUUGAUGAGGUUUGGAGAGAUAUUCAACAAAGCAAAAAUGUUGGGGAAAAGAAACCUAGAGAAAGGCAGCCUACUCUUGGAGAGAUGACAUUGGAGGAUUUCCUUGUGAAAGCAGGAGUUGUUGCUGAAGCUUCUACGGAUAAAAAAGGUGGUGGUUCUGUUACCGGGGUUGAUCUAAGUGUUGCACCGCAGUUUGCACAGCAAGGUCAGUGGAUGCAGUACCCACAGCCACAAUAUCAGCAUCCACAACAAAGUAUGUUGGGGGUUUAUAUGUCAGCCCAGCCUAUGCCACAGCCUUUAGCCAUAGGGGCUACUGCUGUAAUGGAUGUCUCUUACCCAGAUAACCAGGUGCCAUUGCCUUCACCAUUAAUGGGAACAUUAUCAGAUACACAGGCAUCUGGAAGGAAAAGAGGUGCCCCUGAGGAUAUGAUUGAAAAGAAUGUUGAAAGGAGACAGAAGAGGAUGAUAAAGAACAGGGAAUCUGCGGCACGUUCCCGAGCGAGGAAGCAGGCUUACACUAAUGAACUGGAGAACAAAGUUUCACGUCUAGAAGAAGAAAAUGAAAGGCUGAGGAAACGGAAGCUGUUCCUCUUUCAACUAUCCAGCAUUCUUCACCAUUACCCUAUCUUAUAAUACCUGGAAACUGUGAAGUCUAUGCAUUCAUCCUGUUGGGUGCGUGCUACUAAGGUUGCCUCUUGACACGAUGAAGUGUGCUUGAUGCUUGAUGUAGCCUUUCAAAAAAAAAAAAAGGUGUGCUUGAUGUAACACUUUUUGUUAAUGAUAUGCAAAGUUGUGGUAUUAAAGCAAGGCUUUUAACCAUCAUCUAUCUAUAUAUCUUCAUCUUCUUUUUUGUGUAAUUAUUAUUUUGAAAACUUCUGAUAGAGAGCUUGUUUAGCAAAUAUCUUCCUUUCUGUAAUUAUUAAUCCUUGCCAGUAGAAGGGAAGUAAUAUUUUAGUCUGUGCACUUGUAAACAAGAAAUACAGUCACUUUCCCUUGCUUGAUAUCCUUUGAGAUUGUUAAGGCACUCAACCUCAAACAAAUUCACAAUAGCGGGAGAGAUCAACUUGAAUAUAACACUCGAACAAUCUCCAUACACAACUACUGCCGAUGACACCAAAUAAAACUCUCCUUUGCAUGUAGGCCCAAACAAAAUUAUUAACUGAGACAAAUGGGCAUAUCAUGUGGAUUUCAGAAACGGGGUAGCAAACACAAGCAAUAAAUGGGGCAAUAAAGAAUCUUGGCUGUAGUAGCAUUUUAAGACAUUCAACUUAAAACCAAAUAGAAACAGAUGGGAGGCCACCCUGAAUUUAAGUCCACAGCAAUCCCCAACUAAACUAUUGUGGGAUAAAUCACUUAAUAGAGAUCUUUAUCAUGGUGCUUUAGGAUGAACUGUUUCUUCAUAUGGUAGCUAGAGAUGCUCUUAGAUGACUUUUACCAGAAAAUUGAUAAAUCUUGUCAAACGACAUAUUUUAGAACAUGAACAUUACCCAAUGAAGACACUUUGGGCUAUGAAAGUGUCUGUUUGUAGUUGUUAGGAUUUUUCCCAUUGCUUAGAUUUAUUUGUUUUCUUACUCUGUAUGCAAAACUGUGUUGGGAGCUUAGAAAUGUCUAUAUGGAGUUGUUUGUAAGGUUUAGUCCUCUAAUUUGCAUUGUCAUUGUUAAUGUGAUCUAGUUAGUGAAAAUUUUCUUUUAUGAGUUUCUGAUCUAGAGCUUCUACGCUUCUACCCCUGCUUGAGAAUGCUUUAUCUGAUAAUCCUAAAAUAACUUUGAUGCAUUUUCCAAUUUAGCUAGGGUUGUUGGUUUAUGGGAAUUCAAAAGUUUGUUCUGAUCUUUUGAUUGGUAUAAAAGUUAUUCUCUUCUAGAAGCUGUUAACAUUUUCUAACCUGGUCUUCCUUCAUGGAUACCAAAUCUCAGUCUCAGACUCUAAUAAGUGAAAUCUGCAAAUUCCAUAUUUUCUAAAAUUAUGAAGAUAUCAUAUCUAAAACUAAGAAAAAUCAAAGCAAAUAGUACCAAUAAUCUCAUAUCCUAAAAAAAUAUAAUAGCAUGACUCAAUUGUAUUCGAGCUUAGUAAAUGACGUCUUAAAUCAGUCUAUCAGAUUGGCUGCACAUAAGAUUGGACUUUUAAUUGGGAACAAGUUUAUGAGAAUUUCAGCAGCUGUUAUACUUCUCAGGUCUUAUGUGAAGCAACUGCAAACCUAGCUGUGAACCCUU